UAGGUGUAAACUGUGAAGUUGAUGGCAGUGUAUGUGUACCUAAUCCAUGCUUUGGUGACAGUGUAUGUGUUCCAUACCGAGGCGGUAAAUUUACAUGCAUAUGUCCAGGUAAUUACACUGGUUCACACUGUGAGUAUCUGAACGGCAUCAAGCUUGAGUCAACGAAAGAUUACAGUUAUGACAACGGGGUCCCCUUCCUCCUCAUCUACAUCUUGUUGGGUGUAGUGGCAGUCAUUGUGCUGUUUUUUCUCCUUAUCUGUAUCGUAUGGACCAAACGCCGCAGAGUUCUUUCACAGAAGAAAACAUCCAGCCGUGCUAAAGUCAGGUAUGAUAGCAACCAAGAAAAAGUUGAAAUGGGCAUGGACUUCCAAAAUAUGCAAGAAAUUCAAGGAGCUGAAGUCCAUGAACUGGAGAAUCCUACAUUCUUUGAUUUUGAGGAAAUGACUUCCCCAGGUGGUGCAUCAGCAGUGCUGCAGGAACAAGAAGAACAGGCUCGUACUCAGAUGGCAAGCAUCGCUAAUAGACCCAUACAGAAUCCAAAAAAUAAUAUUGUCAGCGUUAAAGUUACAAAUGAUUUACGUGCUGACUUCAACAAACAUGGUGCUCGUCCUCGCAUGGCAAACUCAGCUGAGCAGCCGUCUAUCGUAACAGACGGUCGUCGAAUGAAGAUGACAAGUAGUAAAAAUAACCUUGGCAACUUUGAAAACAAAGAAGUUGGUUUUGAAGAAGAAGACAACUUGAAGAAAGAACUUUUUGUUAGUUUGAACAAUGAAUCAGUCAUGUACCAGAACCCUUCUUAUGACACUGUUGAUGGUGCACAGUCGGCUCAACCAAUGAAUGCUUUACAGACUGAGCAGAAAAAUAACCAAGGAAAUGAAACGAACAAAAAGAAAACUAGCGUCAAAGAACUUGCUAUGAAAUUUCAAAGUCCUGGAGUCAGGUCUUCCCAACAAGAAUUCAAAAACAAUCCUGUUUAUGAAUCUGAUGAUGAGGCACAAGACGACGUUCAUGACUGAGUGACAAGUGUUUGAAACGCAGCUUUUUUAUGCAUAUGUUUCAGUUAUUAUUUCCAUGGGUCAACUCAUUAUUUAAAGCAUCAGAGUUGUGCCCCAUCAUGCGUUUAAAAUUUGUGAAAACCAUUUCACAAUUGUGUACAUUGGAUGUGAGCCACAUUGCAUCCAAAGCGUUUGGCAGCUGGGCCACUUUAAAUAUUUGUGAUCAGAUUGAUAUUUUGUUUAAAGAGUAGAUUAUUGCACAAUGAACUUUUUCUGGAAAGUAAGGUACAUUUCCGAGUUCACCUUGCAGGAUUUUAGUUUUAAACAUGUAUGUACUUUAUCAUAAAAAUGCCAUAGCAACAGGCAACUAUAUUUACAUGCUGUCUGCACACAAGUCAACUUGAUGACUCACACUUAUAUGCUUCUUAUUUUAGUUUAACUACUUUUUUCACCACUGCCAUUCUUUUCUUUUUUCAAUAUCUGCACAGUGAGACACUAAUAUACAAACCAUGUUAUAUUUAUAAUAAUCAGUGUUGGUGUGUGUAUUCACAGGGAAUAAAUCUCAUGUAACUCU